UCUCCAGGAGGAAACAUAUUUUCAUGGUCCAAUUCUUUAAAGCAGUUUGCCUACUGUGUGGGUUUGAUUUACAGUCAUACCACCCAAGUAGAUCCCAGAGCUCCUAGUAUACAUCAUCUACAAUUCAAUGUUGAAGGUCAAGAUGUUUAAGCAAGGCCAGUCUGACCACAAGCUGUCAGCUGUAGUUCCUUUUGGAGAUUGCCCUUCUGAGAAGAAAGAUGUGGAACUGAUUCUAGUUAAAGAACAGAAUGGAGUUCAGUACACCAACAGCUCAAUCAUAGUGUCAGAUACAUCGCCCCAAUAUGGUGUCCCAGUCCAGGAAGAGCAUGAGAGAGAACACUGGGGCAAGAAAAUAGACUUUCUUCUCUCCGUUAUUGGAUUUUCGGUGGAUCUUGCCAAUGUUUGGAGGUUCCCUUAUCUCUGUUAUAAAAAUGGAGGCGGUGCUUUUCUAAUCCCGUACACGUUCUUCCUAAUCAUUGCUGGAAUGCCUCUUUUCUAUAUGGAAUUAGCCCUUGGACAAUACAACAGACAAGGUGCAGCCACAGUUUGGAAGAUUUGUCCAGUUUUCAAAGGGGUUGGCUACACGGUCAUAUUAAUAGCCCUCUAUGUGGGAUUCUAUUACAAUGUGAUAAUUGCUUGGUCACUCUAUUAUCUGGUAUCCUCAUUCACCUCUGAUCUUCCCUGGACAAAAUGUGGAAAUGAAUGGAAUAGCGUGAACUGCACCGACCCGAAGCUGCUCAACGUUUCCGUACACAGUAAUGGAACCAAGUAUUCCAAAUACAAAAUUACACCAGCUGCUGAAUUUUAUGAGCGUGGGGUGCUACACCUUCAUGAAAGUGAUGGAAUUCAUGACCUAGGACUCCCAAGGUGGCAACUCAUAAUAUGUCUUUUCGUCGUACUCAUUGUUUUGUUCUUCAGCCUUUGGAAAGGGGUGAAAACCUCAGGAAAGGUUGUGUGGAUAACUGCUACUCUCCCGUAUGUUGUUUUAUUUGUCCUUCUUAUCCGUGGUGUUACCUUGCCUGGAUCUUCCAAAGGUAUUAGUGCAUACCUACACAUAGACUUCAAAAGACUAAAGGAAGCAACUGUUUGGAUAGAUGCCGCAACUCAGAUAUUCUACUCUCUGGGGGCUGGAUUUGGAGUGUUAAUUGCAUUCGCCAGCUAUAAUAAAUUUGAUAACAAUUGCUACAGAGAUGCUCUUCUCACCAGCACCAUAAACUGUGUGACCAGCUUCAUUUCUGGAUUUGCAAUCUUCUCCAUCCUCGGCUACAUGGCCCACAAACACAAUGUAAACAUUGAGGAUGUUGCAACAGAAGGAGCUGGACUGGUUUUUAUUAUAUACCCUGAAGCAAUUUCUACUCUCGCGGGAUCAACAUUUUGGGCUGUAGUUUUUUUCAUCAUGUUAAUUGCCUUGGGUAUUGACAGUGCUAUGGGUGGUAUGGAAGCUGUCAUCACAGGCCUUGCAGAUGAUUUCAGUAUCCUGAAAAGACAUAGAAAAUUAUUUACCUUUCUGUGCUGCAUCAUCACAUUUUCGCUGGCUCUUCUGUGUAUUACCAAUGGUGGAAUCUACGUGCUCACUCUGCUGGAUACAUUUGCUGCUGGGACAUCCAUUUUAUUUGCUGUUCUUAUAGAGGCCAUAGGGGUGUCAUGGUUCUAUGGUGUGGACAGGUUCAGCGAAGACAUUAACAAGAUGUUGGGUUUCAGACCCGGCCUCUACUGGCGACUGUGCUGGAAAUUUGUCAGUCCUGCUUUCCUUCUGUUCAUAGUGAUUGUCAGCAUUGUGACCUACAAGCCUCUGACCUAUGAUGAAUACAAAUUUCCACCGUGGGCCAAUAGGACAGGAUGGGCCAUUGCACUUUCAUCCAUGCUACUGGUGCCCAUCUACAUCAUUUACAAGUUUCUCACAGUAAAAGGGUCCUUCAAAAAGAGACUUGCAUAUUGUAUUACCCCAGAAAAUGAACAUGACCUUGUCGCCCAAGGAGACAUUCGGCAAUUCAAGCUUCAGCAUUGGUUGGCAAUAUAACCUCUUCUCAAAUCAAGUUGAUCAAGAAACAAAAUCAGAUGCAGAAAACAUUCCAUGUUAUCAAUAACUCUUUACAUACAUAAACAAACAGUUACACCACCUGUAAGUUUUUUUGU